GAGCAGUGAUGGAGAUAUCAAAUGGUUUAACCAUGCUCGGCUACGUGAAAACCCUCAUGCUGAAUUGUUUCCUGUGGUUCCUGUGGUGCUUCACUAGAGGAGGUGUAUCACGCACCUGUCGGCCUCCCCGUCUCCGCUCCAAAAACCGCCGUGUUGUGCAUCAGAAGCCCCCACGGACCACUCAGCUUGCCCACAGCCCGUUCCCCUAUAUGACAGAUAAAGUCUCCAGACUUGAAAAUCACCAGCUUCCCAAGUCGCCACCUGCUUUUGGGCUCCCUUGGGCACGCCCAGGAAAGCUGCAGCCUCCGCCCUGCCAGACCAUUUUUGACACCUUCCCUGACAGAAGACCCCUUAAAAGAAUCUGGUACCCAGGCCUUGGAGGCACAGCCAUGGGUUUUCCUACCCAAAAGCCAUCCUUUCCUCUGCGGGCAACAGUGAAAGUCAAGAAAAGUGCACCCAGCUUCCAGGGAUGCCAGAGUGUGAGAGCUCGAGAGAUCCUCCACUUGCUGGAGAAUUCCAGCCCUCCACUGGUUUCCGAGAUAGAGUUCCACCUCUCCGUCUUUGUGGAGAAAAUGAAAAGGGCCCUGUGGAGAGAUUUGGAAGACCCUGCUUCACCACCUGGUGUGAUAGCUCCUGAUGUACAGGAGCUCACAAAGGAGACCACAGCAUCUGCAGCAGUGAUCAAAGAUCUGAAAGGCUCCAAGGACAGCUCCUACCGAACUCUACCAUCCUCCCCCAACAGCACUGGCUCUCGCAGGUCGAGCACAUGCAGUCUGACACAGUUGGUAAGUGCCAACACCUGCUUGUCCAGCAUCACCUCUGAUCACUCCAGCUUCAUCUCCCAGAAUGCCAUGUACUCUAAGCUGCCUUCUCCGAUGCCUUCUGAUAUCACCAGUCAGGUAAGGGUGGGAAUGGGGGCAGCAAAUGGCCUUAAGACGGUGCUCUUGACAGUCCGAGAUGUGGUGUUUGAGCUCAUAAUCCACCGAGUGAACAUCCUCCACAUUCUGUAG